AUGGUUAUGGCGGAGGUGUGGUUGGGUCUCCUUCAACCUGUCGCUCUUCUUCCGAAUGUCGCUUUUUACACUGUCGGACUUCAAUCUUCACUUUUCGGUCUUAACGCUCAUUUUGCGCUGGGUGGUUACCUUUUCUGGAUUCAAGUCACUUUUUUCUCAAUUUGUCAAUGUCUUCUCUUUCGAUGGUUUGUCAUUGUGGGAAGAAAAAUACGG